AUGAUGCAACAUCAAUACUGGGUGACUAAGAAGACUGUUUUAAAAAAACUAGGUACUAAAGAAGAUGAAUGUAUUGUUGCUUCCGAUGCUGAACUCGACGCUAAGUUAGAGUUAUUUCAAUCAAUAUCAGACAGUUGUUUGCAAUUGCAACGUAUACUAGAUCAGUAUCAGGAGCGUUUAUGUGUGUUAGCGCAAGAGGAAAAUUCACUUGGAAAAUUUCUUCGUGAUGCUGGAAAAAGCAAUGAUGCCGCCGGGAAACACAUGAUUUCAGCUGGAAAAGCAAUAUCCUACACGGGACAGCAACGUGUAGCUGUGAGAAGUCCGCUCUUAAGAUUAUACCAUGAAGUGGAAACAUUUAGAAUUCGUGCUGUUAAAGAUAUGAGGAUGACAGUGUCUGCUAUGGAAAAAGCGCGUAUUGAAUAUCGAGCUGCUCUGAGUUGGAUGAAAUCCAGCAGUGCGCAGCUGGAUCCAGAUACCGGUCGCGGUCUUGAAAACUUUCGGAAAGCUCAGCGACAAGUAAAGGAGAGCAAAAAAAUAUUUGAUAAGCUUACCUUGGAUGUUUUACAAAAGAUAGAUUUAUUAGCUGCAGCCCGAUGCAAUAUGUUCUCCCAUGUUCUAUCAAACUAUCAAAAUUCUUUUCUGAGUGUCUCUACAAAAGUUGCACAAACUUUAAGUGGCACCAUUGAAAGUAUGAGCUCAUCUCCCCAAUAUGAAUUUUGCAUCUUGAAAACUCUAUCCGAUAAUGGCAAUGAUGGAGAGACACAGGAUAAGGAUCAACUUCUUUUCUUUCAAGAUGAGUACAAAGACAAUAAUCUUGAUAAAUCAGAGAAUUCUGAAAAGUUGAACCACAAUGACAACGAGAACCAACCGUCCACAGCCAUAGUUGCAGAUUUAUCUGACAGUCUUAUUAAUACAGAAAGUGACACACAGGAUAAUAGUGUUGAAAUAAGUGCAGACUUGGCGGGCUUGAAGUUAGGUGGGGGUGACAUGCCUGCAAAUUUUGCAUUUAUGCCUUCACAACUUCUCCAAGACUUUGCGGGAUUUAUGGAAACACCGCUUCAACCACAAAGCUCUCAAAAUGAAAAAGAUAAGAUUUCUGUAACUCAAAAAAUUGCUCAGCCUCUACCAGUACCAAAGAAAGAAGAUAAAGUAGCAUGGUUUAAGCUCUUUGCAGAAUUAGAUCCUCUUGCAAAUCCUGAUAACAUUCCUGGAACUAAUAAUAAUCAAAGUCAUGCAGCUUAA